CCGGGCGUCGCUGUGGUUGCGUCGUCGUCGUCGUCGUGGCGGUGGCGGUUCUUCCUGUCGCUAUAUUGUUUUCUUCCCGGUGCUGGGAACCGGACGAUGAGUCACACUGAAAGAUUUGUUUUCAUUGCAGAGUGGUAUGACCCAAAUGCAUCACUUUUUCGACGUUAUGAGCUUUUAUAUUACCCAGAGGAUGGAUCCGUUGAAAUGCAUGACAUCAAGAACCAUCGGACCUUCCUUAAGCGAACCAAGUAUGAGGCCCUGAGUCUGGAGGAUUUGUUCCUGGGCAACAAAGUGAACGUCUUCUCUCGGCAGUUGACUCUGGUUGACUAUGGGGACCAGUACACAGCUCGCCAGCUGGGCAGUCGUAAGGAAAGGACGUUAGCCCUAAUUAAACCCGAUGCAAUCUCAAAAGUUGGAGAAAUCAUUGAAAUAAUACACAAAGCUGGAUUCACUAUAACGAAACUCAAAAUGAUGCUGCUUUCUAGGAAGGAAGCAGCAGAUUUCCAAGCAGACCAUCAGUCGAAGCCCCUUUAUAAUGAACUGAUUCAGUUUAUUUCAAGUGGCCCCAUUGUUGCCAUGGAGAUCCUAAGAGAUGAUGCCAUCUGUGAGUGGAAGAGGCUUCUGGGCCCUGCAGACCCCGAGUUGGCCAGGACAGAGGCACCAGGCUGCAUCCGUGCGCUUUAUGGGACUGACGCUGUCCAUAACGUCGCUCAUGGCCCAGAUUCUUUCGCCUCCGCUGCCAGAGAGAUGGAGCUGUUUUUCCCUUCGAGCAGCGUUUGCGGCCCUGUGAACACAGCCAGGUUCACUGAUUGCACUUGCUGCAUUGUUAAGCCUCACGCAGUCAGUGAGGGACUACUGGGGAAAAUUCUAAUGGCCAUCCGGGAUGCCGGAUUUGAAAUCUCAGCUCUGCAGAUGUUCAGUAUGGAUCGGGCAAACGUCGAAGAGUUUUAUGAAGUUUACAAAGGUGUUGUGUCAGAGUAUAAAGACAUGGUGACAGAAUUAUAUGCUGGCCCUUGUGUGGCACUGGAGAUCCAACAGAAAGAUCCUAUGAAAACAUUUCGUGAGUUCUGUGGACCUGCUGAUCCAGAAAUAGCCCGGCACUUGCGGCCUGGCACCCUCCGAGCCAUCUUUGGGAAGACCAAGAUCCAGAAUGCGGUGCACUGCACGGACCUGCCCGAGGAUGGUCUGCUGGAGGUUCAGUAUUUCUUCAAGAUCUUGGAUAAUUAGCUCUGAAGACAAGGCCCAGACAGAGCGCACGGACACGUUAGGUCUGGGUUCAUUCUUUUAUUGUCCUUUGUUUGAACCGGACGAUACAACACGGACGAGAGCACUGCGCAGUUACAGAUGCGAGGACACGGUGUGGGGAGGGUUGCAGUGGAGACAACAUUGACAGUGGUCUAGGGGCCGGGGGCUGCAUUGCUUGUUUUUUAUUUUUGGUGGGUUACUUUUUUUUAUAGAGUCCAAAAUAAAUUUAUUUUUCAAACAAGUGACUUUGGUUUUAUUUCAUACAUUACACUUUUUUUUCUUGCAGAAAAAAAUGGUACACCUGCAUAAAUAUAAAAUUCUUCCAUCAUGGAAAUGGCUAACACAUUCAUAAAGACACAGCACCAGCAAGCGAUGCCUUCAGAGAGGGAAAAAAUAAAAUAAAAGGUAAAGAA